GCGCGUGCGCGUGCGCCGGCACUCCAACUUGAAAUAGAGCCGGCGGUGGCCCGGGAGGGCUGGCGGGGCAGACCCCGGAGAUAGUUGCUGUCCUCGGUUGGCCAGCGUUGGGAGUUGUCCUCUGCGGUGUAGAGCCACAGGCUCCCUUUGGAAGAAAGAAAUCUUGCUGUGUUGUAAGGUGUAUAUACAAUGAGUUCUUUGCCUAAAGUGGGUUUUUGAUAUCUCUGGCACUAAAAGAACUAUAGCAGCCAUAGCUCCAAGACCUGGAAUGGCCAAAUAUCAAGGUGAAGUUCAAAGUUUGAAACUGGAUGAUGAUUCAGUUAUAGAAGGAGUAAGUGACCAAGUUCUUGUGGCAGUUGUGGUCAGUUUCACUUUGAUUGCUUCCCUGGUAUAUGCACUUUUCAGAAAUGUACAUCAGAACAUUCAUCCAGAAAACCAAGAGCUAGUAAGGGUGCUUCGAGAACAACUUCAAACAGAACAGGAUGCACCUGCUGCUGCUCGACAGCAGUUCUACACUGACAUGUACUGUCCAAUCUGCUUACAUCAAGCCUCCUUCCCUGUUGAAACAAACUGUGGACACCUUUUUUGUGGUGCCUGCAUUAUUGCGUACUGGCGAUAUGGUACCUGGCUUGGUGCAAUCAGUUGUCCAAUCUGUAGACAAACGGUAACUUUACUCCUAACAGUAUUUGUUGACACCGAUCAAUCUCAGGAUGUUGUAAGAUUGUAUCAAGAUGUUAAUGAUUAUAACCGAAGAUUCUCAGGGCAGCCCAGAUCUAUUAUGGAAAGAAUCAUGGAUCUACCCACUUUACUGAGACAUGCUUUCAGGGAAAUGUUUUCAGUUGGGGGUCUUUUCUGGAUGUUUCGCAUUAGGAUAAUACUUUGUUUAAUGGGAGCUUUUUUCUAUCUUAUAUCACCUCUAGAUUUUGUACCUGAAGCUUUGUUUGGAAUUUUAGGCUUUUUAGAUGAUUUCUUUGUCAUCUUUUUGUUGCUUAUCUAUAUCUCUAUUAUGUAUCGAGAAGUGAUAACUCAAAGGCUAACCAGAUGAAUAAAGAAAUUAGUUUAACCAGGAUAUCUGAGCUAAGGCAUAACACCAAGCAGAAGGACUCAUGUCAGUAUAAAUCAUCUGUUUUCUCCUAAGAUUAAAACCCUUAUAUGACAGAUAUCAGACUUUCAUUUGACAGAUGCCUAAUACUUAACUGGAAUUUUUACGUGUUGCAGGUUCUAACGUUAAAAUGAGAAUUACAAUAACCUAUAGUUGUACCUUGAUUCUAUAUCGUCUAUAAAGUCUCUGGAGAAUAUAUGGAAUUACUAAAAAGAUAUUUUGACAUGUUCUUUUCCCCCAAAUUACUUGGAGUAAUUGGAUAUAUAAUACAGUAUUGUUAAAUGUAGUUUAUCCAAUUUGUCUUCCUUAGUGGCUACUUAUAUAGUAAUAUAUAGCUAUGAAACUCAUCUGAAUAUUUUACUGUAAUAAAAUAUUGUAUUAUAUUGGACAAAAGUUAGUGUUUCUUUUAGUAUUAGCUAAGAUUUGUGCAUUUGGAACAGUUCUGCCUUCCCAUUCAGCCAUAAUUUUUUCUUACCACCUGAAACUGAAAAAACAUGAGCUUUAUAAUUUCACUUCAUAUUCUAGUUUAUGGAACAUUUUUUAAUCAGUAGAAAAAUUAACAAGGUGAAAAUGUUUAUUUUCAGUCAAGCAUACUUGAUGCUCAGAGUUACAUUUUCACAAGUUUGGUCCUUUGAUGGGAACAUAUACACAUAGAUAACUCAUAAAGGAACAUUGCGUUAGGAGCCUGGGUGAUACUGCAUUUCUAAAGAAACUGGAUCUUUAUGUCUAUUAGCACCAAACCUUAGGAAAGUAAUAGGAACACUAAAUUUGAUAAGCAAAGUUACUGGUUAGCUCUAGCAACAGAAUGGAAAACUUUCCUUGUCUGUUGUCAGAAAAGUUUUAUAAUACUGUCUCCUAGAUGGCAGCAUAUUAUAGCUCAGUCACUGUCUUGUGCAAAAUGAGCAGAUGUGACUGAGAUGACUUGAUUGCAUAGGGUAGCUUUUAUGUUUGUGUUUGUAUUCUGAUGACCAUGGCAUGAGUAUCUAAUGCACUCUUGGCAGUUUUGUGUUUGAGACUAGUCAGUACCAUAAGUAUUACAAGAUCCUUCCUCAGCCUAUUGGCAUUGCUCUUUACUGGCCAGAACACAGGAUGUAAGUUGAUACCUAGGCGUCAGCAGGGCAUUUGUCAUCUGCAGUCACUGAUACUAUUAUUCAUCAGUUUGUUAGUGAGCCUUAAUAGUGUGUACACAGAGAGAGGGAAAAAAAAAAAAAAAAACUAUCACAUUUUCCCGUUAAUCAGCUUAGUUGUACAGCUAGUAAAAUUCUGAAUGAAGUAUCAAUUUUUCUAAUUUGGACCUAGGACAGAGCUGUUACUUGUCAUAGAAACAAUAAUGCUUAGAUAUACAGCACACUGAAGUUCCAGCAAUUCCUUACAUAUUUUUUCAUUUAUCUUUAGGGAAAUCCUUUUUUGUUUGUUUUUGAGACAGGGUCUCACUA